AUGUCUGAAUCCGACGGAGAUCCCAGUAUAUGUUGCCACGCCCCGACCAAUACUCGACAGGCAGGGCAGUUGAAUGGUGCGCCUGGCACUGGAGUCACUGCCCUGGCUCCUGCUGUUUCACAUACCAAGAAAAGAGCUCAACGUGACAGGAAGAACCUGUGCAAAGAGCACAUUAGUGCUAGUGGUAAGGUGGUUGUUAGUGAUAGAAAUAUCAAGGACAAAUCAUACAAGAUUGCUCCUAUUUCAGCUAUUGUGCCUAAUUCAGAUGAGAGCACUGGUAGCGAUACUACUGUUGAAAUGAGCACUGGCGGCCGUAUAAAAUUAGGAACCUCAACUACAUUAUCCAUUGCCAGACUUUUAGUUGCCCUUAUCGGCUUGUUGCCAGCUAUUUCAGCUUAUCCUAUUCAUCAUGCAUCAAUACAGGAGUCAAGUGAUGGCGAUGGCCCUGCUCUGGAAGAUGAGUCUGACUUUUUGCUAAAUAUGUCCGUCUCGGCAUUCCUAGUUAUCCUUGGUGGUGUUUUUGCUGGUCUCACUCUUGGCUUGAUGGGCCAGGAUGAAAUAUAUUUGGAGGUUAUGAAACAAUCUGGAUCCCCCAGCGAACGUAAAUCUGCUGACAAAGUCCUUACUCUUCUUAGCAAAGGUAAGCACUGGGUAUUGGUCACGUUGUUGUUAGGAAAUGUUAUAACAAAUGAGACACUACCCAUUGUGUUAGACCGUUGCUUAGGCGGCGGCUGGCCUGCUGUUGUAUCGUCAACUGUUGCAAUUGUUAUCUUCGGUGAAAUUAUUCCUCAAUCAAUUUCAGUUCGUUAUGGACUUGCGGUUGGUGCUGCAUUUGCUCCUUUUGUGUUGGGUCUCAUGUAUCUUAUGUACCCCGUUGCAUACCCCAUAGCCCUGUUAUUAGAUCACACUCUUGGUGAGGGCCAUGGUACUGUGUAUAAAAAGGCGGGCCUGAAGACAUUAGUCACUCUUCAUAAGAAUAUGGGAGUUGAAAGAUUAAACCAGGAUGAAGUGACAAUUAUUUCUGCUGUAUUGGAUUUGAAGGAGAAACCAGUUGGGACCAUCAUGACUCCUAUGGAGGAUGUAUUUGUUCUUAGUGCUGAUACAAUUCUUGAUGAAAAGACGAUGGAACAAAUUCUUCACACCGGUUUCAACCGUAUUCCUAUUCAUGAACCUGGCGAGCCUGAGAACUUUAUUGGUAUGCUGCUUGUUCGUAUUCUUAUCACUUAUGAUCCUGAAGAUGCUCUUCCUAUUUCGUCAUUUCCUUUGGCAACUUUGCCUGAAACUGGGCCUGAUACCUCAUGUUUGAAUAUUCUAAACUACUUCCAAGAAGGUAAAUCGCACAUGAUCAUUGUAUCGGAUAAUCCAGGUGAACCUUAUGGAGCAUUAGGUGUAUUGACUCUCGAAGAUGUUAUUGAAGAGCUUAUUGGUGAGGAGAUUGUAGAUGAGUCUGAUGUUUAUAUUGAUGUUCACAAGGCUAUUCGUCGUGCCCAUCCUGGUCCCUUGACUAAGACCCACAGUUACAAUCAUGUGUCUGGCGAAGUUCCCAAUGGUACUACCAACUACACAGCGACCAAUGGAUCAUCUACUGCCGAUACAAAUACAACCCAUGAUCAAAUUGCCCUGGAAACGCCACCUACCCGUUCUUCCCCCCGUACAUCUCUUUGCUUUGAAAAUGUACUUACUGCAUUAGCUUCUCAUUCACAGGAGGGCGCUGGAGACCGACCCUUUCCAAAGCUUGGACCAUCUAAUAAAGCAUCUAACCCAAUUCCUACAACCACUAGAAAUAUCACUGUUAAGCGCGCCCUAGGAACAGGUCCUAACACUGCUGGUACCAAUAGCGCAGUUAAUUCGCCUUUGAUUCCUGCUAGUGGGGGUCCCAAAAACGCUUCCAAGACCGAACCGUAUCAUACAUCCCAUGGUACUCGUGGAGGAUCUUCUGGAUCGAUACCAAUUGAUGACCAGUUGCUUUCUGUCCCGACCGCCAAGAAGGGGCCUGUAACAGUUUCAGAACUUGGAGCUGUUCAAGAAGCCCUGGCCAGUAGUGUUGGUAAACGUUCUUUCGAGCACGAUCAUGAUGGGGAUCUUGCCUAUGAGAGCCGUGUUGUGAGCCCCUCAAUCCCUGAAAGUCAUAGCUAUCGGGUUGGUGGUAUUAUUGAGAGUGUUAUCAAUGUUCAUGGCGUAAAUAAAGUCGUGAUUGAAGAUGUGAGCGUUCAUAGUGAUCAACCUCUGUCCAACAGAUCAAGCCCUUCAAACUCCAUUAGAAGUAAUCGCGAUCGCGAUGGUUCCAACGAUGACACCCGUCCAUUAUUGUCUCCUAAAUAG